CUUUGCCUUCGCGCUAAUCGCUCUUCUCUAUUCUUCGUUGUCGACGUUUCUUCGCCUUCGCCUUUAGCUUCGUCUUCGUCUUUGCUUUUCGCCAUACAUCCUCUCAAUUCCAUCCUCAUGUCUCGCAAGCAGCCCAAGCCCCUCCCGAAGUUCGACGUCGGCUCCGACUAUGUCAUUCUGCACGGGCUCGGAGAAGGUGCAUACGGUACGGUCGCGGCAGCGCUGCACAAACCGUCCGGGAAGGAGGUCGCGAUCAAGAAGGUCCUGCCCUUCGAACACACGCUCUUUUGCCUACGCACACUACGAGAGCUCAAGCUGUUGAAGUUCUUCUCGGAGACUUGUGUGAAUGAAAACAUCAUCUCGAUCUUGGACAUCAUCAAGCCUCCUACGAAGGAGGAGUUCAAGGAGAUCUAUUUUAUCCAAGAGCUCAUGCAGACCGACUUGCACCGCGUUAUCAGGACACAGCAACUUACUGAUGACCACUGUCAGUACUUCGUGUACCAAACGCUGCGUGCGUUGAAGACCAUGCACUCCGCGGACAUCGUCCACCGAGACCUGAAGCCCGCAAACCUCCUGCUCAACGCGAACUGUGAUCUCAAAGUGUGCGACUUCGGUCUGGCACGCAGUACGCGAUCUACAAACCCGGGCGGAAAGGAGGUAGGUCUCAUGACGGAGUACGUUGCUACGCGAUGGUACCGUGCUCCGGAGAUCAUGCUGUCGUUCAAGAUGUACACGAAGGCGAUUGACAUCUGGGCUGUUGGUUGUAUCCUCGCCGAGCUGAUCAACGGGCGGCCCCUCUUCCCCGGUCGUGACUACGGCCAUCAGCUCGACCUCAUCCUCGAUGUGAUCGGCACGCCAACACUCGAGGAGUUCUACGGCAUCACGUCGAGGCGUUCUCGAGACUACAUCCGUGCGCUGCCCAUCAAGAAGCGAAAAUCGUUCAGCACCAUUUUCCCGAAGGCAACCCCGGAGGCAUUGGACUUCCUGUCCAAGACACUGACAUUCGACCCGAAGAAGCGUUUGACGGUGGAUCAGGCGCUGGAGCACCCGUAUCUCGCGGCAUACCAUGAUCCGGAGGAUGAGCCUGCCGUGUCCUCCCUCGAUUCGGAGUAUUUCGAGUUCGACUACCUUGACCUGAACAAGGACGAACUCAAAGACCUGCUGUACGCGGAGGUUAAGUCCUUCGUGCCCUGCAUCUGAAGGCACUACCCUGCGUAGCCACGAGCUCCGUAUCGGCGUGAGAUCCUGAAGGCAGAGCGCUAUGCCCUGUAAGUUUACUUCACGACCGUCCGGUGUUAUGAUGGUAUACCCGAGUGUAGUGUCUACUCUGCGACGACGAAACAGAUAGAGAUGUGCUGAUCUAUACAUGUAAAACAUAUACCUGCAUUCCUUGGAUGUUGUUCACCGCAAUUGGGUCUAUUUAUUUCAUUGUAUCUUCUGCUAUAGCAAUAUAAUCGACGACAACAACAAAUCAGAGGAACUGCGUGAAUGUUUGGACCACUUUCUUUUUGGCUG